GUAGCCGAGGAGAAACGACCCUUAACACGAUCGUGGAUAUCGGGUUGUGCACGAAUAGCUUGAGCUUGCGCGGUGCUUUCGAAAGGCGCGUCCUGGCUCCGUCGUCUGAUCGCGGUUGGGCUUUUAUUCGUCGUCGAGCUUUCGUUGCUGGAGCGUGCGCGUCUCUCUCACGGUAGCGAAAUAAAGAGAGAAGAAAGAAGGAGAGAGUGGUCUCGUUCGCGUCCGGCCGGGUCACCACGUACCAAUCCCACAAGUAGCAGAGACGCUGUAUCCAGGGAGGUUAGAUAUAGGGUCGUUUCGUACGCGAAAAUGUAACGAUCUCAGUAGUGGGGCCGGUUGUCUGAAAAUUUGGUUUAGACAGAAGGGGAGAAAGAGGUGAUAUUCCUUUCCCCGCGUCGCGGCUCGCGAGUGAAGCAUCUUGCAGAGGGGAUCCAUGGCGUGAAGCAUCGGUUGGUUCAUCCAACUAUUUCUACACGGAAGUCUGAAGCUCGAGAAAACUCAGGAUGAUCGGUGCAAUGCCUGCGGUGGCAGUUCGCCACGAACGUAAACGACAGGAAAAAAGAUUAAAACGUCCUAGUCAGCUUUACCUAGGGGGCCAAUGGAUGCCACCGCCUCAAGGCUCACCGCCUACCCCCAGUCCUCAUGGCCACAACAACCACCUGGAACCUUUACCCGAGUUGUAUCUCUGUGGCAAGAUAUCGGGGCUACACGCGGUGGUGGUGUGCCUAUUGUUAGGCGCAGUGGUGCUAGUCGUUGGUCUAGUCCAACUUGCCCCGGGUGCGACGACCACCGACCAUAGACUCGCUUUACUCGUAGCGGGCAGCAUUCUGCUUCUCCUAGGUAUCAUACUAGCCGGUGUUAGAUGCUACGUGUUGCACUGUGUGCCAUUACCAAGCGAGUCACCCAUUGCAACUCCACUUCCGCCUCCAGCUAACGAUCAAGCUGGACUUCCACGAGGCACGCUGGACCUGCUGGUGGGCCAUCAGAAUCAACCAGAAACCGACGCGUUGAUGCACACCGAUCACCAUCAUGAACACCAUUCCCAUCAUCAUCACCACGCAAACCAUAAGAAGAAGCGUAGCUCCCAAGGCUCUCACUCCGACGAAGCCUAAUGAUCGACGUCAGAGAAACCGGCUAAUUAAUUGGAUCCGGUUAGUCGAUGAUGAAAGUACAUCCGCUGAUAGAGAGAAACUCCUCAGGCGUUCCAGACUUAAAUUAGAAAGAGAAAGGAGAAAAGAAUGGUGAAGAUAAGGAGAGGGAGAAUGAGGAGAGAAAUUGGACAACGUAUAAAUCGAAGCUUUUGAAAGGAAAGUGAAACGGAGAAUAACCGUUGAAGACAGUCUAUACAUCGUGUACAUUAUACUCGAUUCUUUUAUCUUUUGUAACUUUCUAUAUAUAUAUAAUUAUAUAUAUAUAAUUAUAUAAUAUAAAUAUAUAUAUAUAUAUAUAUUAUCGACAUGUAAUGCGUAACGUGUACUCAGCUUGAAUCGUCGCUGAAGAAAGUGCACUUUUCUAUCCUGUAUGCUGGGUGUUCGAGCUUUAUCCGAUCCACGAUAUCACUUCAUUGGCCGUUGAUAUUUUACCUCUACGUAAACGAAAUGCAAACUGUUUGCAAUGUUAUGCUAUGUUUCGUAGCGAACCAUUCUUUCGGUUACUUCUGGAUGCAAACUGCGAAACGUUGAAGAAUUCCACAUAGAGAUAAGGGAAUAGGACGGGGUAACUUUGUUAUCGCACUUUCUCUGGUCAAAGUCAGUCGACACAAAUCCUUGAGAUAUUGCGAACAAGUCUUUAUCUUUUUAUGUGUACUUGAAGCCAAGAACAUUUUGCUUAAAAUUGCUAUUUUGUUCAUUCCUGCUCGAAAUGGAAGAAAGAACUCUAUGAAUAUCGAUGUAAGAUUCUUCUAUAUUACUUUAUGGUUUACGUACGUUUCAGGAGGUUCUAUUUAACUCUGUUGCGACAAUCAAGUUGUUUCUUAUCUUUUUUCAAUCUGUUUCUUAUUAGUAGAAAAAUUUCUUAAAUUUAUGGAAGAUAAGAAUCGUUGUACGUUAAAAGGUUCUGGUUUUAAUUUUGCGCUAAAACGCGUCGUAAAAUUCUAGGAGUCUCUUAUUUAUUGAAACGAGAGCGAGAUUGACAUACAGAAAUAUUUCUCUGACUUGUUGUUAUUACACUGGAAGAUGCUUAACAUCGUCUAAGUGGAUUUAACGUGAACGUAAGUGGAUUUGAAACCUUCUUCAGGUUUCUAAGAAGUAAUCAACAGUUAUGGUUCUUCUACGAUGGCAGGAAUAAAUUGAAAUACAGAGCGAACAGAAGAAAAGAAAUUGCCAAACCGAACACCCUGCAUUCAAUCUAAAACAGUUCGUUAUCACUAUGAAAGACUAAUUCCUUCUUCUCGAAAACCAAAGAAAGCUCUGUACAAAAAAAGAAAAAAAAUAAUAACAAACGUGUAUACAUAGAAUAGAUGCAUUAUAUAUAUAUAUAUUUCUCAUGCGACUAAAUCGGAACGUUGUACGCACGAGCAUAAUGAGACAGAGGAUAACAACUAUGAAUUAUUGAAGACGCGCAAAGAAGAAGAAGAAUCUCGAGAAAUAUUGGAAUAUCGUUAAAAGAGGAAGGACAUUUCGUUCAAAGAAGAAAGAGGAAAGGGGUAAAACUUGAUUGAAAGAAAUCUAAUGAAUUUAACAAAUCAUCCGAGUAAUGCUCUUAAAUCUGAUAAGAAAUAUUAGGAAAAGUUGUUAAGUAUAAUUUUUACGUGCCAAUCUAAAAGUGACAACUUCUAUGUAGAUGAUUCAGUUGCAUUUGUAGCAGCACGAAAUGAUUGUAUCGUAUCGUCUCGAGUAUUCUCUUUUUGUAACGCUAUGUUCCUCGGUAGCUUGACAUAUGUGUUAAUCAUUAUACAUAACGCGCGCAUGUGUGUGUGUGCAAAUGAAAAUUCUAGGAUAAGUAUCGAUAUUAAAAAGUGUUUUAGAAGUCUAAAAGAAUUGGCCUAGCGUCGGUAGUUUUACGGAUAUUUAGAUAUUUUACUGGCAGACAUUUUUUGGAUUUUAAAGAUCAUCGCCUUGAAUUUUCAUUGAAUUUCAAUUGUUUAAGGUAUUUAUAUUAUUUGACAAACAUAUCUAGUCUGUUGGAUCUGUUCGUAAUGUACUAAAUGGCCCAUAAUAUCUCGCACGAGUUAUUAAUAUCAUACACUUGAAUAUUUUAAAAUCAAUAUUUUAAAGUCUUGAUAAAUUAUUAUUGUACCCUAGGGAAAGCUAAUAAUUUACGGCGAAAUAUCAGUCGUUAUCGAGCAAAUGAAGUUCAUUCGUAUGGUACAAGUAAAAUUUGUCUGUUAAAAAGUCUGUUCCAAAAAAUGACUUAUUAUUAUGUUAGAUAUUUAUUGUUUUAAACCAAGAAAAUUUUUGUAUGAUAUUUUACACAGUCGUGAUAUAUGGUCCAUUCUGUAUAUGACAGAACUAGGGCACCUGUUUAUUAAGAAAUGCUUUUAUUCUACCAUACCAUAAUUCAUCAGAAACUUAUGGCGUAUUUUAUAGGGAAAGAAGUAAAGGAAGUGAAAUUUGAAAGGGAUUCUGGCUAAAAAGAAUUCUAUUUGAGCUUAUCUCGGUAAUCAUUCAACAUUUUCUACUUUCCGAUGUUGAAUAAUUUUGAUACCACGAAGUCGAAGGAACUUCAGAGAAGAAUCUAUUAUACAAAAUAAAUUAUUAAAAGUAAAAGCAGUACACAUGAAGCUGUAAACGUAAAAGCUUCGAAUAAAAAUUUGAAAAUGUCUUUUCUCCCCAAAAUAUAAUACGCUUGAUUAUUUUGAGAAAUUAUUGAAGAAUGUACAAAACAAAUAUUUCAAGAACAUUAGAUUUCUUCGUGUUUACUUGUUAAUUUACAAACUAACUGCUUGUAAAUAAACUUGAUUAUUUCCUAAUAACAAUUUUCUUCUAAUAAAUACAAAGAUAUUCGUUUCUAACAAAUGAAGUUCCUUCGAACGCACACGAUCAUUCGUGGUGUCAUUCACGAUUUCAACUAUGGGAAUACAGUUUAAAAUUCACGAUAUGAUUCUACCUCUGUCUUGAAUUUCGUCUUUCGUGAGAAACUUCUGUCUCGACCAAUCGCGUAUGUGGUAGGUAGGCCUAUUAAAACGUACUGUGGUCGUUCCGUGAACAACAAAAAUUUAAAGAAUAAAAUGGUACUUAGAAUGUUCGUAGCACGUUGGUAUUUCAUAGAAACUGUUAGAUUGAUUUUUAUAUGUAUAUCGUUACCUUUAUCGAUAAAUUUCUGUCACGACCAAUUAGACGAUUACAAUAACUAUUCUACAUUCAGAGAAAUUCGAUCGUAUGAUUUCUAUAUUUCGAUACACGACAGAAGUAUAAUUACGUGAUAUAAGGUAACGUGUAUUGAUACGAUAAUUGAGCGAUUGAACAUUUGAUUUCCUCGGUGAACUUCAUCUCAAAAGAACUUUUUUCAUUGUUUCACACCUUAAACAGGUGUUCGGAUAAUGUGUCAGGAAUAGACUGCGGAUGUUUAUGCAUUUAUGGAAAAUUUAAAGUGCACAAGUAUACAAAAUGUAUAUCUACUGCUCUACCGAAGAUCCAAUGUUUGAACGGUUACAUUAUCUGAAUUGGUCAGAAAGUUUUUGACUAUUUCGAACAAUAUAAAAAUUUCUCUUCAGUUUUGGUACAGGCGGUGAAGAAAUGAUAAAAUUUGUAGAACAUUGAAUUUACGAGAUUUUGGUCUUAAAGAGGAAGAAGUUAUUAAAUGUUAAAGAAGUUAUCUUGAAGAAGUUAUUAAACAGGAAACGGGUAAUGUGAGACUAUCGCUAUAAUUGUAUAAUACAGUAAUUUCAGUUUAGCCAGACACGACGUCGGCUCUAACUGAUAAAAAUGUUGUCAGUGACGUUUCUAAACCCGACGCUGAGAAUUCUUUUUCAGCAUGAGAAAUGUAACGAGAAUGGAAACGAAGGUGUUAAAAGUACUUAUAUAUUUAUGACAUUAAGACAAAGACUUACUGUUACAUAAUUUGAAGUAGAAACAGAAUUCAAUACAACUUUGUUGAACGUGUUAAAAACUUUAUAGAUACGAUUUAGAAAGCAGGCAAGACAUGGUAUUCGUAGAUAAAUAAAAGAUAUCACGUUUGUUGUGAACUAAAAUAGUACAAGUGUGACAAACUUUACAAUGCGAGAAAAGGUGCUUCUAAAUAUUAAAACUUAAUAGUAUACAUACUCAUAAGAGAAAUGAAUGACAACAAUCUUUAAACGAGUACUUGUUUACGCAAAAAUUCGAUUUUAUCUCGUUUUUGGAAACAUACGCUUGUACGACUUUCCCACUAAGUCCUUCGGUUGUGUUCAUAAAGUUUACAUGAACAUAUAAAUUUUCAUAAAUAUCCACAGUUUAAUCGUGAAACAUGAUCGAAUAAAACUGGAAAUCGCGUGCCUGUUCAUAGACGAAAAGUGGCAACACAUUGGUAAAAGAAGAAAAAUAGAGCUAGAAAUUGCAACUUUUUUAGACACGACGUGUAUGUUAACGAUUCAUCCGCGUCAUUCUCGAAGAGCCUUGUACGUGAACUGGCGUUGCGUACCGAUUCGAGAACAAAGGAGGGAUAUAAAAAGGAAGGAACGACACGGGGAUGAAGAAACGAUGACAAAAAUUACGGAACGUCGCUAUGAGCUAUUUACAACACCUUGUCGAUAAAUGUAACUCAGCACCUGCACCCGACUUCGAUGUUAUUUUUUCGAGGGAAAAUUUUCUGUGCGGGAGAGGGAAUCGUAGCGAGUAAUUUUUCCGAUGAUCUUACGACGCAACGUAAAACAUGCGAUCUAGAUGUGUCUUUCGAGUAACAAAUAUUUAAAUUAUCUAUUUACACUGCAAUAUUUAUACUUAAAAACAGUUAUAAAUUCUUCUGUGCCCGUGUGUCGAGAAGACUUUUUCGUAGGAAUUCACUUUUUACGAAUAUUCUAUGCGAAGAAAAAAUGGAUAGAAGCGAACCAUAGCGAUCUUUUAAAGUCGACUUACGCAGAAGCUUCAACUUUUUAGAAUUCUAUUGAUUAUAGCGUUGUAUAUUAAACAGCUAUCUAGAUUUACACCUAUGGAACUCGAUAAAAAUUACGAACAGAUAUAAAUAACGUUGACUAUAACGAUUUUUAUUGUCAUCUCCGUUUAUAAUUCUGUAUCAUUGAUUUCGAGCGUAGUGCAAUGUACUUCACUUGAUACAACCCUCUAUUGUAUAUAUUUACAAUGUUUAAUUUGUCACGAAGCGGCAUGCUUUAUUUCAAAUGGAGAGAUAUUUUAUCAAAUUUUAAUUACCCCAUCCAAGACGAUGUAAAAAUUGGAAAAAAGAGAACGUUAAGAAAUUGUUCCUCUAGAUAUUACAAUAUCGUACUGUAUCUAAUUUUUCGCCUACUGUCGUAGACAGCCAGUUUACUUGUUAAUUGAUGACACAAUCUUAUAUAAUAAAAACUCUUCUCGAGGCGCAGGCGUGCACGUUCGACUACCGUUCGGGUCCACUUAAAGUUAUUACAAAAACGUUACACCGAUAUAUGUAUAUGAGAACAGUUGUAAGUUAUUUUACAAAGCGUUGGGCACUAGGUGAACGAGGAAGAAAUUCCACAAGAAUAAUCUCCAAGUUUCAGUUCUCACUCACCUAGUGCUAGUGAUAUAUAAUAAUAUAGUAUAAUAUAAAAUAUAACAUAAUAUAACAUAACAUAACAUAACAUAAUAUAACAUAACAUAACAUAACAUAAUAUAAUAUAAUAUAACGUAAUAUAAUAUAAAAUAAUAUAAUAUAUUAUAAUAUAAUGCAUAUGCAUAAAGAAAACAAAAAAGUAUAUAUACAUACUCUUAAUAUAAUAAUAGCGGUACACGCACGAAUCAUCUCUGAACUAACUAAGGUAUCUGUACGUAACUGUAAGCCACUAAGCUUAAGUACAGCGAUAUACGAGCAUGUAUAACAAGCUCGACAACCUUCCGUUUAAUGCGAUCUGUGUAAAUAGUUUCGUAAACUAAUUUAAGCUCGCUGGUAGACACACCGUACAACUGGGAUUUUUCUAUGCGCGCGCGCUAUCUUUCAACUUUUUUACUGUGUUUUGCGCUCUUUUUAAGGUUUGAUAAUGCUCUGUCGAAUCGUCGUUCGCGAAUCGAGAGGCGAAGAUAUCGUUAAAACGCGUCUUUUUCACAUUGUUUGUCGACGAUUCUUCCAGUGAAUCAUCGUGUAUGGGGUAUUUCGCUUAAUUUCUAUACUUAAGAUGAUUCCAAUUGCUAUUAACGACGGCGUGAGAAAAUAAUCAUAAUGAUAGUUGGUUCUAUACGAAGAAGAUUGUACAAGGAUAUAUUAUAUAUAUUAUAUAAUAUACAGGAAUACAUUUUCGCCUUCGUUAAUUUGAUCGAACAAGAGAAUAUAUUUUGGCGAAGGAAAUACUGAGUUUAAUUAGAAAAUGAAAUUACAUGAUUUCGCGAAUAGAUCAAGCGAUCAAGUGAUUAAUUUUACAAGCUGAAAGUACAAGAAAGUAACAAUGUUAGAAGUAUAUUUGUCUUUUGAGAAGUCGAAUGUUGCCACGUGCUCGAAGAAUGAAACUAAUAAAUUUACAGAAAUCCAGCCGAUAUAUUUUUACUUCUCGCAUAUAAGAUAAAGAAAGAAAGUAGCAACUGAAGCAGAAAUGAUUCUUGCAAAAUUACAAUCAUAAAAUAAAGUAACUCGUGUCAAAAGUAUGUUUUUUGUAUCGCCAGUAGCAAACGAAUUAACGCGUUCAAUGCGACGCACAAAAGCGAAAUGGGUCCCUGGUGGCUGAAAUCGAUUUUUCUAUAACACGUGUCCAUUUAUCCAGACGUCUUCAUCCGCAAGACGAUGGGAAGUUCCGACGACGCACGUUCAUGUCUUCCGCAUUGAAUGUGUUAAAUGAAAUACCCUGUAUACGAGUCCAUUGCAUUUGAAUCGAUCCUCGAUCCCUACGAUCGAUCAUGUACGAAUUACGCUUACUUGCAGUUCGUUGCUUUCCUGCGCUGAUUCUUGAAUUUCGCCAAUUAGUUAAACAAACAAAGGGCAAUUUUGAUAUUUUCAGUCGACAGUUGCGACAAUUGCUGUCACUACGCCAAACUAUUUUAUAAUCGUGAACAUUGAACAUUUUUAAGGUUUCUAAACGAUAUUACGCUUACGAUUGAUUGAUUGCUUUGCUGUGAUGCUUUGUGGAAGCUUGUUUGUUCCUCACGCAGAAUGUUUCAUCGCUAGAAGGUUUCUGCUUUCUACGAAGCGUUUCUAUUUUUUAUUAUGUAUGGUAUUAUUGUGCGUCCAAAAUUAAUUAAUCCGAGUGUAAAUAAUGUAACAUGAUCGUUUUUGAAUACGCUAGAUGUUAGACGAAAAUUCUGUGCUUUUAAUUUUACGUUCUUUAUACAUAAAUCGUGAUCUUGAAAAUUGAGAUAUUUCCCACAACCGAAGUGCGCUUUGGUUUUUCACCAUUUUGAUUCGCUGAUUCUUCGGUUGUUCGUCUAUUCUAACAUUGAUUCUGAAUCUUAAAUUUCUUUUAAAGCGUUUCUAAUGUUACUUACAUACUGUACGUAUUACCGUAGGGAACAAAAGAAAUCGUUUGAACAACUUUAUCAGCAUUUUUAUUCAGCUACAACACAGAAACAAUACAGUUAAACAUGCAUAUCAUUGAAUUAUAUCGUAAUCAGAAUGCAUUAUUUUAAAAAAUCGUACAUCGAUGCUGUAGAUAAGCUGAAAGACGAUGCUAUAGAAAUAUCAAUUAAAAGCACAGAAUUUUUGAGUUGAGAGUUGACACUUCAUAAGAGAAAAUAAUAUAGAAGAAAAAUGAUUAUGUGCAAUUAAAGGAUUUACGUCUUGUUAUCUAUACAGCCUUGCGUGGUUAAUUGAUUUUGGAUAAAAAAUGUCGAUUUUUAACCCUUAACGACAGAUGCUCGUAUUUUUCCUGUUAUCACAAACGUGUUUUCUCGCAGAUUAAUGAUUUUAUUUUUAAAAUCACUAUGUUUUAAAAGCUUUGAAUAAUUAUAUAUAUAUAUAUUUAUUUAUUUAUUUAUAAAAAUCUUUUACAAUUACAAUAUAUAUAUAUAUACUUGCAAGUAUUUAAAAAAAUACAGCUUCUAAAAUUCUCCACCAAUUUGUGAUAAUGAAAUAAACACUCAGAUUCUCCUCGAGCAUGUGUUUGUAAUUAAGGGUUAAUCAUCUGCUGUAUCUUACUAACCAAGAUUAAUAUCGUUAUGCUCUGCGAGUUCAUUCAUUUCGAAUCUCUGCUACAUUAAGUGAUAUCUAUCACCACCAUAGUUAUACAAAAGCUAUUAUAAUAUUUCGUUACUGUUACGUAACAUUUUCAUCCUUCGGGUUUUCGUUUUACUUAUAUUAAUAGCGCCGUUGGUCCGAACUAGAAGCUAAGAAGCUACGUUUAAUUUACGGGUUAUCGUAAUCUCUAGGAAUAACUGCGUUAACGUUCUUUCAGAUAGUACGAAAAAAAGAAUAAGAAAAAAACAAAAAAAAAAAAGAUGGAUUUAGCGUAACACAUUGCGACAAAUAUAACGGAGCCUAUGUACGGAAUAUCUUGGACACUGUUGAGCAACUUCCAACAGACUAUAAUUAAGUAAACGUGAAAGCAAUAAGAAUAUCGUGUCGUUAUACUUCUAACUUCUGACUAUCAUCGGCUAUCUUGAUUUUUUAGUUUUCGAAACGUUAAAUACAGUGAAACCCUCGUAUUAUAAAACUGUAUAUAGCAACGAGCACGAUAUAUGUACAUACGAUUGAAUUUAAUUUAUUAAUCAGUCGCAUAAAACAAUCGAUAACGAGACAAAUCAACCGAAAUAUAUUAAUAAUGAUUAUACGAGCCUCUCGCAAGCCGAACUAAUGAAACAAUUCUACUUUUUCACGAUUUCAUAAUUUUAUUACAUACGUAUACGAUUAAUAUUCAAUUGUCAAGAGAUAAAUAGGUUUCAGUCAUGUUCUUAAAAGUAUGAAUUUGUAUAAAAAGUAACAAUCUAAUGAUAACGAUGAAGCCAAUGCGACAUAACGCUAUUGAUAAUAUAUUGUUCAAAUAAUCAUCUGCUUUGGAUGAUCCUCAAACACUAUUCUUUCUAGUCUUUCGCAAUGGGUUUCUCUAAUAUUAUGAACCCUUGAUGAUGGAAUUUAGGAAUUUUCUACCUAAUAUCAUGAGAUCUUGGUGAAACACGAAUACGGGAAUUUUAUUGUAUUUGCGUGCAGAAGAAGAAAUGCUUUUUCUUUCGUAACGAAUCGUCCAAGAUACUCCAAGAUCUUUAUCAUUGUACUCUAGUUGCCCUAAAAAGUCGACGACGGUAGGAAAUCGGGAGUAAAACACGUUCGCCAUGCAAAACGUUCAGAAAACUCCAUUUCUCGUGAGAUUAUGUGAUCUUCUAGCUUCUAAAAAAAAGUCUGUUAUAUUUUAUGUAUAUACACAUUCGCCUCGGGUCUCUGUCGGGUGAUCAUUCUCCGUGUCUUUUAAGAAAAUGCGAUGGGCAAACAUGGCACACUCAACGAAAUCGUGAGAGGUCUGGCUACGAUUGUACGCGAAUUUUGUUUAACUUCGUUCGUUAAAACGGGACUUCAAUAAUGAAAAAGUAUGAGUCCCCUCGAAGAUCGAUGCUUAAGCGAAUCACGACCAAUUGCAAGUUGAAAAUCUUUCAGCUGAGAGAGUGUGAGGGAGAGAAAGAGAAUGAGAGAAAGAGAUAGAUAAACGACGAGAGGUGAACUUUUCAAAUUUACCUGAGAUAUACACAUAUACAUAUAUCUAUAUAUGUAUGUAUAAUUUAUUAUCGCUAGGAAGUAUCCAAACGCUUUAAUUAAUCUGUAAUAACGAUUCAUGACUGUUGUUGCAUAAUAUAAUAGUAAUACGAUUAAUGAUGGAUUACUGACUAAAAGCGAUAUCUUUAUAUCUUUUAUUAUAUUUAUUUUCCUACGCAGUCAGACAAUUUUGGUUAUUCGUUAAAAAUAUUUACCAUCAACGAAUUGAAAUUAUUCGUCGACAUACGACGAGUUUUAAUUAUCAUUACUCGAAUUAAUCAUGAUAGUCUUUCUACGUGUAUAUAUUUCAUCUAUAUUCCAUAUAUAUUUUGGAAAGUAGAACCUUUUUAAUAAUUAUACAAAAUUUAAAAAUACAGAACUAUCUAUAUAACAAAACUUCCGAAUGACAUAACGAAUGACAAGUUCUUGUUCGCAUAUUAAUUUCGAACGGUUAAUUUUACCACGUAAUGGUAAUGAUAAAACCACAAACUCAUAUUUGCUCCUUUCAUUUAUAAUCUUGCAAUUAAAUUACAUUCCGACGAAAGCAAACAAGUGUUCAGGAUACUUCCGAGCGAUGUUAACAUAUGCAUAUGCGUAAUGUAUAUACAUUAAUAUGCACAUAUAUGAAUAUGUUAACAUAUAUGCAACAAUAUACAUAUAAAUAUGUGUGUAUAUAUACAUAUAUAUAUACAAGAAUAAUAUAUAUAUAUAUACGCUACUUCUUCGGUAUAAUAUUUAUUGUACGUUUACACACAAAACCAUACGCACGUAUCGCAUGAAAGUUAGGUUCAUGCAGGUUACGAUUAUCGUGCAACCUUCUUAUCGCACAUUCGGCUCGAUAAUUACCUGGUAACAUAACGGGACUUCGCAUGCAUGAACGACAUGAUCAUUUUUCUUGUCGCAUCCGAGCUCGUCGUAACUUCGUGCGUGAAGUUUCGUGACAGUACUCAGAAGCCGCUAGGGCCUUUGAUUCCUUUCCGAUUGUACGCGAUCAUGCACGAAAUAACGUGGACAUAACGAGGCUGUAACGAUGUUACGAUAGCUAUCGACUAUAAUUUCAAAAUUUCCGGAUAAGAUUAUUUUAAAAAUGGUAUAUCGACGAUUGACUUUUUAAACAAAUUUUCACGCUUCCCUGGAAUCGAUGUUUCUCGUUUCUUGUUUUCCAAGUAGAAGCGAAGAGUAAAGUUUUCCCGACUAAAAUGAGAAUUAAUUGAAUUACUUGACACUUUAUUAACAACAAAGGGAAUGAAAAUAUUUUAUUAAUAUAACAAAGGUAAUUCAAAAUUGUCACAAAUCAAGAAGGUGCUACAAGCAUCGAUUUCGGAAAACUUUUUAGCUUUUUUUCGUCUUUGUGCUUUUACUUAAUUCUGUAAAAAAAGGCGAAGAAAUAAGAAAGAAGCGAACGUUCGUUUAGAUGAACGAUGACCGUUUACAUAGAAACGCGAGGAAUUGAGAAAAUUUUAUAAAUAAAGCGAAGAGAUUAACUCACAGCGACAAUAUUAAUAUUGAAACAAUUCUUCCACAGAAAUCUAGACUUCAGGUUGAUCUAAAAAUAUUCCAAUAUCGUUCACGUUAUUUCGCGCGAUCCUUAGUUCGAAUGCAAGUGUCAAAGGGAACUGUUUAUUUCAAAGAUGCGGGCGUUGAUAAAUCGAAAGGACUGUACGGUUUUAUGCAGAUCAUUACAGAUUGUCAUUCAUUCGAUAGUUUCGUUGAAAGCUCUAGCCAGGGAGGCGAGCGUUUGUCUCCUAAGGUACGUGAUAAUGAUUUUUGGAAAGACUGAAUUAUUUCUUAACUUUAUGAGAACGUGAACACGGAAUUACGACGAAACUUGAGGUUUGCACGGAAAUGUGUCGCAAUUAUUACGCAUGGAGGGCCUCAAGUACUGUAACCUUGUAUGUGAUUCUACAGUAAAGAAGAAAAAUCGUAAAUAACAGAAAAAAAAAGAACUCUACUGCUAUUGUAACUUUCAGAGUUUAAUAAAACGUUUUCACUAACA